AUGCAUGCUUUGGUCACUUGUCCCUUUGCUAGUAGAGUCUGGUUCAUCUCUGAUUUCAACAUACACACUCAAUUUUUUCAGAACAAUUCUUUUAUUGACUGGCUUCUUUUCUGGUUAAUUGACCCUCGAUCUAAACUCUCUGAGGAUGAUCAAUGUCUCUUUGUGGCUAUCUUAUGGUCUCUUUGGACCAGUAGAAACAAUUUCAUCUUCCAGAACAUUAAGGAAAACUUCACUGCUGUCCUAGCCAGAGCUAGAGCUAUGCUCCUCACUAGAAAAAACAGAAAUCCUAGUAUUUGUGAUAAAUGGACGCCCCCCUCUUUUGGUUGGAUUAAAUGUGAUAUUGAUGGUGCAUUUGAUGAUAUCUCUGGAGCAAAUGGUGCAGGGUAUGUGAUGCGAGACUUCUCAAGAAAAGCAACCUUUUGUGCUUCCUUAGUCUUUGAUGUUCGUUCCGCUGAAGAAGCUGAAGCAAGUGCCAUCUGGGCAGUCCUGAAGAAAGCCGUGGAACAACACUUAACUCACCUCAUCAUAGAAAGUGACGCGAAAUCUCUCAUCGAUCAAUUUUCAGCUGGGAAUUUUGAUGGGGACUCGCGAACGGAUGCUAUCUUUAAAGACAUUCUAUUUUUUUCUUCCAAGUUAUCUGCUUGUAUCUUUAGUUUCCAUCCUCGUUAUUGUAAUUCUGUAGCUCAUGAGCUUGAUUAG